UGCUGUUUCCCCGCGGCUCCGGGGCGCUUGGCUUUCCAAACGUCGAUUCGCAAACGCGUCGAUUGGCUUCUUUCUGCUUUUGAGGAUUCCGUUUCAGUGUUGCAUAGAGAACAUUGGUACAGCGCUGCCUUUUAAUUGGCUUUAAUUCGCGUGGAAAGAUUUUAAUGUGAUUAUACUGGAAAAAUUGUUAUCCUCACCAAGCAUAUCGUCGAUCGAUUAAAAGUUCAGGAAAGGUAGACCUUUUUACAGGACAUACCGCACAUCAAGCGCCAAAGCCGUAAGCUUUAUAUACAUUAUAGUGCCUCGAGUCGCUCACAGCCCAGUCGCAGCCAGUGUUUACGUCGCGAGUGACACGUACAUAUUUGGAGUAAAUAAGAGAAUUUCGAGGAAACAUCGAUAUUCCGCCGAGAGAGCCCCAUGCACGUGUCGCGACGAUCCUGCUGCCCGCGAAGUGCUCGCGAACUCUGUGCUUCGUAUAAUUUCGCCGAAAUAAAAUUGAAGUGAUCAGUGACUUGAAGAACGAGGCUGAGAAGAUCGUCGAGAGCUUCGAUCGCAGUGGUGUUGCAGGUGCUAAGUAUCAUCGCUGCCGGGUUCCUCGUCGACGCUGCCACUGCUACUGGUAUCGACGACUCCCUCGAUUGUAGUCCAGCAUAGGCGGGCAACAGGACGAAGCAUUUCCGGGUAAGACAGCGCAGCGAGUCUCGGCGGAACUACAGACCUUCUCGCCGGAAGGCUCGUCCUCGACAAGAUGUCGAUCGUCAUGCAGUACGUGGACCGGUUCCACGAGAUACUCAACACACAUGCAGACAAGCGCACGACAAAUUGGUUCCUAAUGAGCUCGCCCUUUCCGACGCUCUUCAUCUGCCUGUCCUAUGUCUACAUUGUCAAAGUGCUGGGGCCUAAGCUGAUGGAGAACCGCAAGCCCUUCCAGCUCAAGAAUGUCCUCAUAGCCUACAACCUGUUCCAGGUCAUCUUCUCCGCGUGGCUCUUUUACGAGUGCCUGAUGGGAGGCUGGUGGGGCGAGUAUAGCUUCCGCUGCCAACCGGUCGACUAUACCGACAGUCCGUCGGCCGUAAGGAUAGGAAUGUCCGGAUGGCUGACGGGCGACUAUUCUCUAAGGUGUCAGCCGGUAGACUACAGCGAUCGGCCCCAAGUAUUACGGAUGGUCCACGCGAGUUGGUGGUACUACUUCUCCAAGUUCACGGAAUUCAUGGACACGAUAUUCUUCGUGCUACGAAAGAAGAACGAUCACGUGUCCACGCUCCACGUCAUCCAUCACGGCUGCAUGCCGAUGUCCGUCUGGUUCGGCGUCAAGUUCACACCCGGCGGUCACUCGACCUUCUUCGGUCUGCUCAACACCUUCGUCCACAUCGUCAUGUACACGUACUACCUGCUGGCUGCCUUGGGCCCGAGGAUGCAGCCGUACCUCUGGUGGAAGAAGUACCUGACCGCCUUCCAGAUGCUCCAGUUCGUCGCCAUCAUGAUCCACGCGUUCCAGCUGCUCUUCAUCGACUGCAACUACCCCAAGGCCUUCGUCUGGUGGAUCGGCAUGCACGCCGUCAUGUUCUUCUUCCUCUUCAACGAGUUCUACCAGCAGAGCUACGCCCAGAGGACGAGGAAGGCGGCAGCUGCAGCAGCGGCCAAAGCGGCGGCAGCAUCGAACGGAGUCAGUUCCAACGGCAAACUCAGCAACGGCGAGCACCAGCAGUCGAAUGGCACGAGGCGGCGCGAAGCUGCCGACUACUACGUCAAGGGUGACAGCAUCGCUGCGUCGGAGCUGCACCUGAGGAAGCCCGCGUUCGCCGCAGCGGCUGGCAGCGAAUAAACGGCGCGACGGAACCUCGACCAACCAACUGCCACGUCCUCGACAACGACGACGACGACGAUGACGUCGUUCUCGGAGUGUCUGAAGUCGCGCCGGUGACCCUUGUUAAAUCUACACACACACACGGAGGAGCGCGAGAGAGAUUUUUCGUAUUCGUUUACGCCGUGAUUUUUGUUUUUCUUUUAUUUUUAAUACUUUUAUGGGAGCGGGCGUAGCUGCGGCGACGUUGUUGUUGCGCGCAAGCGAUUGUUUUGUGAAUAUAGUUUAUUUUUUGCGAUGGGGUGAUAGAUAGAGAGAGCGAGUGCCGAAAAGCAUAUUCUGAUGUAUAUCCAGUUGUCGCGCACGCUCGCUUUUCUUAAAUAUACGUGCGUACACAUGUAUGGGAACAAAAAUAUAUGGUGUAAAUAAUAGGGGAAAUGUCUGUGUCGACGUGAAGACAUAUGUGCCAAUGUUGUCUGGGAGGUCGUACAAGUGAGCAUUAUUAUUGUUGCAUUAUUAACUGUAUGAAAAUCGUUAUCAUUGAUUAUACCAGUAUUUCUAUAGGUUCGUUUGACUAUCGCGUCCUCUUUUUUCCUUCUUCUGCAAUAACGUGUUCAAAAAGAAGAUUAAUAUCUCCGUAUCCCACGUGUGAUAUUGUGCUCGCUUCUACGUCUUCAAAUUUAUCAAACGAACGUGUAUAAAAACUUUUGCAAUCAAUCACAAAUUUGUCGUCUUGACAGCGAGAGAGACGUUUCAUUUUUAAAGCGAAAGAAAGCCUAGAGCGUAAGAACCAAAAAGUGUCGUAAAGUUUCUAUAAGAUUAUUCUUUGCUACAUCGAAGGAUUGUCGUCGUGUAUUUUUUAAAGCAGAAGAAAAAACAUACGAUAAUGUACAUUUUUAGUCUCCAUUCUUCAUUCGAGAAGCAAGAUCAAAGUUCUCUCUUUCAUUCCACGUGUUUUAGCGUCAAAAAAUAAAAGGGUUUUGCAUUUUUCUAUGUAAUAUACCGCGAGAUUUCCGCUGGUGGGGACAUUCGUUGCAACGCUCGUCGUUCAUUAGGAGAAAUGAAUAUUGUAAAUAAACGAAAGAUACAAAAAUUUAGAAUUCUCGCUUGUCCUGUGCAAUACAAAUCAGCAAGUGGUUCUUCUGUUGUUUUUUUUUUGUAGGUGAAGUUGUAUCGUACUUUCUGUUUUUUGUUAAGGGACAGUCUACGUUCAUUUUAGAAUUUUUAAAAUGUAUAUCGUAUAAUAUGCGCGCAAGGCUCUCGAUGUUACUCUGCGUUUUUAGACGCGAGACUCUUGCGAGAUAAAGCUAACGAAAGCACACAAAAAAUUGGUUAUCAUCGCGAACCUGUGAUACCGGUUGUAUUCGAUUAUUGUAACACGCACACAUACACGCGAGCGAGGCGACUUUUUCCAAUGAAGUAACUUUACGAAAAUGCGCGACGAUUGCGUCUAUUAUUUUGUACUGUAAAACGAGUCGUUCGAACGCUUACGAAUACUAUACGCUGCGGAGAAUCAAUCAAACGGAAGUAUUUUUAAAAGUUCUUAAUUUUGGUACUUAAAUACUUGUUUAAGUAAUCGCAUGACAAAAGCAGCGAGGCGUUAGAGCGUUCGUAACCGUGCGUUACUCGCAACUAGUUGAUCUACGAAAUCAUGAGAUCGACAAUUGUAAUCUCGGCGCAUUUUCGCAGGACCACGAUAUGAAAUGUAUCAAUUGCGUGGUAUCUACUGCGUGCUCGAGCUCGUUCGUUCUCGUACACAAAUGUUAGCAUGUUCUCCUUGUUUAGAAAAAUGAGUGUCGAGAUACCGCUUGUCGAGACGGUUAACUUUGGCUUCCUUUUACACGAAUGAAUUCGCGAAAAAGCAGCAAAAGUCGAUGGUCUCCCAUGGAACGUACGAGUGAAAGGCUGCCAAGGGACAAUCAGUCAAUAAAAGAGCAAAAAUAGCACACAUUGUGAACUUUAGUGAACCUUCGGCUGUGAGACGAAGUAUCGAGAAAGGGCACAAAGUCGCCGCGAGCACAAAAACAUAUCAGAGGAACCUCGAUCGUUGUCGAGGCUUUCGUUAUAUACCUUUACUUCGAUUUCAUAAGAGAAAAAAAAUCAAAUUCUGCCGAGCAUCAGCGAGAGAAUUGGCACGCGCCGAAGUGAGAGUAGUAGAACACCAUAAAUUUUUUUGUACAUAAGUAAUAUAAAUGAGAAAAAAAAACAUGUGUGCGUGAGCGAUCAUAAUAAGUAAUAAUAUACAAUACAAUGUAUAUGAUUUUUUUGUUCUACUUCGAUGCGCCUCGACGUUCUUUUUUUUUAACCAGAGGGCAAGGCAGUCGGAAGCUUUUAGUUACACAAAAAUCGCUUCUUCCUCUGUCAAAGUACUCCAAAGUUCUCCGACGUAUAAAAGCUUACAAGGUCUUCUCUGAAGUUAAAAAAAAAUAAUCUUAAACCAAGAAAGUCGAGCGAGAAUUUCCGUCGCCUUGCCCUGCGUCGAAAUAUUUUGUACAUAGAUAGGUUAGUUUUGUACUAUAAAUAUAUAAUGCAAAAUGGAAAAUCUCGAAUCUGUGCCUAAAGAGAAAAAAACAUUAUGAGAAAAAAAAAACAAACACCAAUUCUUAAAAAGAAAUGCAAGCCGCAUCUCGUCCUGCAGGUCCGGCCUUGGCGAGCUUGCGAGCGCAAUGGGAUCCAAGAAGAAAUAACAUUGCACUGAAUUCGGUGCUAUUGCACUGCGAACUUCGAUGUAAAAUAUUUAUAACUAUCUGUCUCUUUCUUUAGUCGCAUCUCUCGCCGGACAAACCGAGAGACGAUCGAAUAUGGAUAGCUUUAGUUGUUCUGUUGAGGAUUAUGUAAAAUUUUUUAAUUCUUUUUUCUCAAUAAAGUUUUUCUUCCAUCAGCCAUGAAGUUAUGAUUGAACGGGUACAAUUCUGUUAGAGUUCUAUAAUCUGUUGAUACCUUUACUAACUAUUUAUAUAAUUUAUAGUUAUAGGAUGCAUAAACGAAAUAACCUAAGAUAUCCAUCUUUGAAAAGAAGAUAAGAAAACACAUGUAACGCCACAAUCAUGAGAAUUGUUCAAUCUUCGAGCGCAUAAUCAUUCACGCGUACACGUACCUCUGUAUAAUUAUAUUAUACAUGUGUACUAUAUGGUAUAGUAUGCAUAUAUAAUAUAUUGUAUACACAUGUACGAACGAUUACACGCAGUUGUUGAAUAACAGUGAAGUCAUCGUCCUAGACGCGGUUUAGUACAUUAAUUAAUUGUUAAUACGAAAGAAGCGUUGCGCGCGCACGAUAAACUUACAGAUAAACAUUCUGAAUUACAAACAAAAGUCAUCGCCAAGCGUUUAAAGUGGCCGAUAAUUUUAACUAUGAUCUGUGCGAGUUCUUUUUGUAAUCUGUGCGUUUAUGCGCGCUUGAAUCUUCUGGAAUUGUUGUUGCUGUGUGCAUAGCUUCUCGUUUUGUCUACCGCGAAAAAUUAGCGACAGGAUCGGUCGAGUUUGUUUUAGAGCUGAUCGAUGUUUAUCAUCAGUUAGUGUGCGGUUUUCGCAAAGCCAAAUCGUUUGCGUAGUGAAUCAAGCUUGUUGAUCGUUUCCAUCAAAUGCGGUGAGCAAAUAGUAGAUUUACCGUUUAUUAAUCUGUUAUAUCCAAAGUAAAAUUGUAUCGAACAUGUCGCCUACUUUAUACAUACGAUAUAUCUAGGUGAAGAUUUUUCGUUGAUUAAGGAGCGCAAUUAUGAAAUUUUGGGAACAUUUUCUCAUUAUCAAAAAUUUUUAUCCGCAUAAAGAUCAAAACUCGAAAAAAAAAACUGUUCCUGAGCCUAAUAGUGAUUUAUCGACGAUGUAAGAACCCCGAAUUUUUGCACAAACCUAGUUUGGCGGAUAAUUCGUUUGUAAACAUUAGUGUGUGUCGCUCCGUAUAAAGUAGCGUUUUGACGGCGUCGCAGAAAAAAAAACGUUUACUAUACUUAAUUACAUUAUAUUAACAAGGUUUGAAAUAACGAUUUGAUAGAGCUAUUUUUUAACGUACUUUUUGUCGAGUAUAUUAUAUAUACAUAAACUGUGUAACAGAAACAUUGUAAAGAGAAUAGAAGAUUAUAAUUAUUGUCAUCCGCGAGUUCGUAAAAAGAAAGAAUGGAAAUACAAAAAAAAGACAAAAUAGAUGGGCAAAGAGCAAUUACUACUACUUCCUAACGAUACUAUAUGAUAUAGAUAUUCGGGUCUCUAUGUAUAUGUGCGUAUAUAUGCGCGAGAGUCGCGCAUAUUUCGCAGCGCCGGAACGACGAUAAAACGUGUAACGCCGCAGUCGGGAAACUUGAAGUUACGUUGUUGCAGGCUUUUCUGGCUGCCGUCGAUCCGGCGUCACGAAGUAUACGUAGGAUAUAACUAGAUGUGAGAGAUGCUGCGUGCAAUACGAAUUAUAAAUAUGCUGAAAGUGAAGUUAGGCUGUAUGAUUCUUCGAUGCAGUUACCGAAAAUGUGGAAAAAUCAUCAUAGAAGUCGUGCGCGCACUCUAGCGUGCGAUGUGUAACCUUACGAGAAAUAAAUGGAUUAUUAUUAUUAA